AUGCCAUUCGACUUUAAACAGUUGAAAUUUCCAGUGCGGCUAGCAUUUGCAAUGUCGAUAAAUGAAUAUCAAGGGCAGUCGCUAAGUGUUUGUGGCAUUAGUCUUGAAAAUCCAUGUUUUUCACAUGGUCAGUUAUAUGUUGCCUGUUCCCGUUUCGGAAUACCAACAAAACUAUUUAUGUACGCACAAGAAAAAAAAAACUAA